CUGCAGGAGUGUGAGGAGCUGUCCAGAUGCUGAAAGAGCACCAAGCAGCCUGCAUGCGUAAAAAUGAAGACAUUGUCAUUUAACUAGGUGGAAAUAGACUAUUAAUCUGUUGAAUGUGGACUAAAGAUUCUGUUUAAAAAAUAUUUUUGAGGCAGGUUUUUUUUUAUUUUUUUAUUUCAGGGAUAACCCCCUGCAGGAUUCUUAAACCAAAACAUUAAAAAAAUGUCACUCCAGAGAGUUGUUUCAAUUAAGUCCACAGUAUUUCACCUUUAUUCGUCUUUUUUUUAAUGACAAGUGAGACAGUCCAAUCCAUGGCUAUUCACGCCUCUCGAUGCUUGUUUAUUUUCUUUUAGAGGCUCUUAGAACCAAUUUGGACCAAAAUAACGAUCCGCCCGCCGCAGAUCAAUAGCUGGAAUCUGCAACGAGUGUCAGUCGCAGCCCCGCAUGUAGGAGAAUGCAGACAGGAGGGGUGGAGUUCGCAGCUUUUACUUUUCAAAGCUCCUCUGGCAGAAGAGCUCAUUCUUUGCCUGGAAAACCGCGGAGUUGGCGCUUGAUGCGUCCUGGCAUGUGAUCCCACUUUUCUUUUUAGUAAAAUCAAUCGGCUCACUGCUGCAGUCUCCAUUUAAACUUUCCAUGCUGUUGCCCGUCCAGCGGACAGCACUCGGGAGGUUUUGUCCGGACCGCGUUCGCUCCUGCUCGGCCGUCCGCUGCGCUCCGACUCUCCAGCCUCGGCUCUCCGGGUUCAGAGGCACUCAGGCGGCCAGAGGUGCUGGCCCGGCUCUCCCGCACACAUGGAGGGAGACGUUAUGGACAAAGUGGAGGCCACGGGGACCGUCCAUGACUUCGACCCGAUGAGUGGGAGCAUCCCGGCCACCAAAGUGGAGAUCACCGUGUCCUGCAGAGAUCUGUUGGACCGAGACACUUUCUCCAAAUCUGACCCACUGGUGGUGUUAUACACCCAGGGCGUGGAGUCCAAACAAUGGAGAGAGUUUGGGAGAACAGAGGUGAUAGACAACACACUAAACCCAGACUUUGUCAGGAAGUACAUCCUGGACUACUUCUUUGAGGAGAAGCAGAACCUACGCUUUGACGUGUAUGAUAUUGAUUCUAAAAGUCCAGAUCUGGGGAAGCAUCCAACCGACUUUAACGACUUCCUGGGACAGGUCCACUGUACGCUGGGAGAGAUUGUUGGUUCACCUGCCAGCCGCUUGGAGAAACCACUGGGCGGCAUCCCAGGGAAGAAAUGUGGAACCAUCAUCUUAUCUGCAGAGGAGCUGGGAAACUGCAGAGACUACGCCACCAUGCAGUUCUGUGCCAACAAACUGGACAAAAAGGACUUCUUCGGAAAGUCGGAUCCUUUCAUGGUUUUCUACAGAAGUAAUGAGGAUGGCACGUUCACCAUCUGUCACAAGACCGAGGUGGUGAAGAGCACACUAAACCCAGUGUGGCAGCCCUUCUCCAUCCCCGUCAGGGCGCUCUGCAACGGAGACUAUGAGAGGACUAUCAAGGUGGAAGUAUAUGACUGGGACAGAGACGGAAGCCAUGAUUUCAUCGGCGAAUUCACUACAAGCUACAAAGAGCUGUGUCGAGGCCAGAGCCAGUUAAACGUGUACGAGGUGGUGAAUGCCAAGAAGAAAAUAAAGAAAAAGAGAUACAUCAACUCUGGGACGGUGUCCUUGUUAUCAUUCAUUGUGGAGCAAGAGCACACCUUCCUGGAUUACAUCAAAGGAGGGACUCAGAUUCACUUCACGGUGGCCAUUGAUUUCACGGCAUCAAAUGGAAAUCCAUCCCAGUCCACUUCACUACACUACAUGAACCCAUACCAGAUGAAUGCCUACGCCAUGGCCCUGAAGGCUGUUGGGGAGAUCAUCCAGGACUAUGACAGUGAUAAGAUGUUCCCAGCGCUGGGAUUUGGUGCUAAGCUGCCCCCUGAUGGGAGGGUUUCCCAUGAAUUUCCACUGAAUGGCAACGUUGAGAACCCGUACUGCAACGGCAUGGAGGGGAUUCUUGAAGCUUACCAUCAAAGCCUUAAGACGGUUCAGCUGUAUGGACCUACCAACUUCGCUCCUGUUGUUAAUCACGUGGCAAGGUAUGCAGCAGCGGUUCAGGAUGGAUCCCAAUACUUUGUCCUGCUCAUCAUCACUGACGGUGUGAUAUCCGACAUGGCUCAGACCAAGGAGGCCAUAGUGAAUGCAGCUAAGCUCCCCAUGUCUAUCAUCAUUGUUGGAGUUGGCCAAGCUGAGUUUGAUGCCAUGGUUGAGCUAGAUGGUGACGACAUCAGAAUCUCCUCGCGGGGGAAGUUGGCAGAGAGAGACAUUGUGCAGUUUGUCCCAUUCAGAGACUACAUGGACCGUACAGGUAACCACGUGCUGAGCAUGGCCCGGCUGGCUAAAGACGUACUGGCUGAGAUCCCCGACCAGCUGAUCUCCUACAUGAAGAGCAAAACCAUCAAACCCAACCCCGUCCCUCCGGCUUACUCGCCCUCUGACGACCCCCAGACCAACCCAGUGUGAUCCCCCCGACCCCAACACAGCUCUAUGUUGGGCGGGUACGAGGUCAAAGAUUGACGGGAACCUGCAUCCACCUUUGAGGGGGAAAAUGCUUUCGAGACCCUUCCGUAAAUAUUAAUCCAGCUACGCACGGUGAGACUCCAUUCUGGUUUGGAGCAGGGAGGCCGCUGUAGGGGGCAAACCUGCUGAUGAACAGAGAGGUUUUAUUUUUUUCAUGUUUUUGUCCUCUCUGAGUGCUUGAGGAUGAGAGCGCUGAGAGGGGGCCGAUGUAAAAGGAGGUUUUAGUUGUUCGCUGUCAAACCUGUCAAAGUGGUGAUGUAAUGGAUAGCAAGUAAACCCGUAGAGAGGGCCUGUUUGAAGGCAUAAAUGUAUUAGGACGUGCCAGUGUGUAUCAAGUUUGUGAUACCUUUCGGAAAUCGGUGUGUGUUAAACUAGGAAAUCAUAUGUAUACUAAUUUAUUUAUUUAUUUAUUGCAGAAAUAAUUUAUUCCUUAGAGAGGGAGGGGAUUGAAGUCAUAUUUCCCCUGUAGUUUUCCAUCCUAUAUUUUCUGACCAGUGUUCUAAAAAGAACAGCCCCCGUUUCUACUUUGAUAAGGACUGUAAUAUAAAAGCAUGUGAUUAAAGAAAAAAACCCUAUUCAGCAGUGUAUGAAUCAUUUUCACUAAUGGAUAAUUUUUGGAUGGCAAGCUGUAAUGUAGAGGACCUUCCUGUGAGCUGUUGCCAUACUGAUUUUUUCAGCACCAUGUCUUCUAUGUACGUGUUUCGUAUAUUUAUAUUAACAGAAUGCACUAAUUACUGUCCAAAUAAAAAGCACAAACCACAAACAAUGUUGAUAAGCUGAUAGAAGCAACUGCAAUGAAAAUAACGGAGAGUUAUGUUUUCAGCAUACACUGUCUUCUACAAUCAUUUUAAAAAGCAUGACAACAGGAAGAAUGUUUAUAAGAGAAAUAUUAUACUGAGAUAUAUAAAAAUCAACCUAUAUUUAUCAUUCAAAAACAGUGUGUUUACAGAGAAACAGAUUCAAAGCACAUACUUGCUUUCCCUAUUAGUAUGCAAAGAGGAAAAUUAUACCGCUUAAGUCCUGCUGCCGUAUCUUACUUGCCGACUUUCUGUUUGUUUUUCCUUCCAUUAUAUUUGUUGUGGUUACAGUUUAUUAGCUGGGAUUGUGUUCGACCCUUCAAAUGUACUUUUGAAAUACUGAUGUCAACAACCACCCCCCCUUUAUUUACCUCCUUAAAUUGAUUUGUUUUUCAAUCACAAAUCUUGCAAGAGAGAUAUAUGAUUGCUUUUCAUAGUGAUCUAAAAGAAAACAACUGAUUGCAGCAAACAAACAAAAAAAAACGAGUCCAUCUUUGUAUAUUCAGUCUGGUUGUUCGGUUGUGUUGUGUUUCACUUCUCUCCCAUUAACACUGACUGUUCUCAGAUAAAAUUGUUUCACACUAAUGCACAACAGCCCCCUUUAUAACUCAGUGGGAUACUAUUUAAAUACCUAAGAUACAAUUGCACAGCUUUGUUUUGCAAUUCAAUCCACUUGUCAGCAUAUAUACACGUUUGUUCAUGACUUUUUCAUUUUAGUGACUGUGUAUAAAUUUAUUAUUGUAAGACAGUUACAGCCACCGCGGCCCAGUCGCGUACAUCCUGAGUUAUUGAUAUAUAUAAUGGCCAUUAUUUUCACUACUAUCUCUCAGUCACUCAAUAUCUCGAUCCAAAUGUGCCUAUUAUAUGGAAACAUAUCCAAAUUCCCAGGUGUCACUCUGCCAGCAGCAGCAGGUCUCAUGUUUAAGAUGUACACACAGCAGAAAACGUUGGAGAUGCUAAAAACUGUUGCAAGAUUAGGUCUAUUUCUGAUACACACUGUCUCCGCCAGUCUUCUGUACUUUUUAUACUGACAGCUCUUCACUAAUGAUCUUUGAAGUAAUGAGAGUCAACAGUGUCGCCAAGCCUUGUUAUAUUCAAAGUCAAGACUUGUUUACAAUUCAUCUGUGGCUAUUUCCAUCGCCUCAUGGAAAAAAGUAAACAUUCAUGGAUUUCAUUGAGAAAUGGGUUUAAUUUUUGUCCUAUUUUGUUUUCUUGUGCAUUUUUUCAGUCUUAUUUUGUACUUGAAAAGGGGUUUCAUUGAAUGAUACAGGAGCGUUUACAUGGAUGUGUUGUUCUCUGAGAAUGUGAAGCUCUGCUGGGUUUUAGUUUCGUGUCCGGAACAAAUGUGUUUACAUAUAUCAUGUUCGGUUCUGUGUCAGCCGCUUACUGUUUUUGACUCCCAGAAAGAGUCCGAUGAAACUGCAGAAAGUCAAUCCAGAGACACUGAACUCCUUCUGUCACAAGCCCAGAUCCAUAUUUGGCCUCUUUUUUUUUUUUUUUUGGUUCCUUUUUUAAAUUUUUCAUUAGCGAUGGCAUUUCUCCCUCAGAUGACAAAGCAGAGUUUAGUCUGCUGCCAAAUUCACUCAUUCAUCAGAACCGCAAAGAGGUCAAUAAGUUUAUUUACGUAACCGCUCAUAAAUACUAGUAUACCUCUACAGAAAGCCAUGCAUACCAAAAGGAAGAUAAACAGUAUACACUGAAUAUGCUUGUCAUGAAAUAUAUAUUUAUGCAUUAUAACCUUAACUAUGAUUAACUUAUCAUAUAUC